AUGUAUACAAAUACCGAUAAUCCGUCAUCAUCAUCAUCUCAAGUUAUCUAUGAAUAUGAAACUGUUGCUCCAUCAUCGCCUGUACAAUCACUGUAUGAAAAUGAAAUUCCACAAUCCGCUUGUAUAUCGUAUGAAUCAAAUUUAUCUUCGAUGACACAUCAAACUUCACUUAUACCUGCAUUUCAAAGAAAACUACCUGUUGUAUUCGUAACUAUUUUAGGUUUAUUCGAAAUAUUGGGCGGACUACUCGUUAUUAUACUUGAAAUAUUAAUUUUUGAUAUUGCGAUUGGAUUAUGGUGCGGUUUUAUUUAUCUACUUGCUGGAGCAGCUGCCAUUGUACUUGUGAUCAGUACUGAUCGGGAACGUCAGCAAACAUCAGCUGUAUUGAUUGUUCAAUUUAUUGCUUUUAUGUUUACGAUUUCGGAAGUUUUGUUGCAUAUUGAUGUUUAUCAAAAACGAUGUAUACCGAAACUAAAUGGACCACUACGUGAAACAUCAUUUCAAUGUCAAAUUCUUCUUAUUCAAACAGGCGGAGCUACUCUUGUUCUUGUUAGUACUAUUAUUUUUGCAAUAAUAUAUUUUCGAAUAACAAUUAUGGUACUUAAACAACCGCAUGGAACUUUUAAUGUAUCGAACGCAAUGAAUUUAACGUGCUAA